AUGGCGUCUGCUAUAGGCAUGGUAAAGCGUGUAUACGCGGCCUUUUCUCCUUCUCCUGUGCCCAAAUCCACGUCUCCGAAACCACUCAAGUUCGGGAUAUUAGGCGCUGCGAGGAUCGCGCCUAAUGCACUCAUUAUUCCAGCCAAGACGCACCCUGAGGUUGUGGUGUACGCUGUAGCUGCUCGGAGUCUAGCAAAGGCGCAGGCAUUUGCCAAGAAACACGGCAUUGAGAAAGCGUACGAGGGGUAUCAAGCGCUGUUGGACGACCCAGAAGUAGAUGUUGUGUAUAACCCACUCCCGAACAUGCUCCAUUUCGAAUGGACGAUGAAAGCGCUCGCUGCGGGAAAGCACGUACUCAACGAGAAACCCUCCGCCGAUACCGCAGACGAGACUAGAGAAAUGUUCGAAUUUGCAGAAAAGAAAGGAUUAAUCCUCCUUGACGCGUAUCACUAUCGAUUUCACCCUGCGCUCCAUAGAUUCAAAGAGAUUGUGCAGAGUGGGGAGAUUGGGAAGGUGAAACAUGUAGAUGUAGACAUGAUUUUGCCUCAAUCUAUGUUCUCAGAGGGCGAUAUCAGAUACGAUUAUUCUUUGGGCGGUGGUGCACUAAUGGAUCUCGGAUGUUACGCCGUGAACUGCAUUCGAUAUACAGCGUCGUCGGAACCGACAUCCGUCAUAGCGACAACACACAUUCCGUUCCAGCCGAGCACCCCAUCCGCCGACUACGUCAAGAACGUCGACAGGCGCAUGGAAGCGACGCUCGCGCUGCCCAACGACGCGACGGCGACACUGCGCUGCGACCUGAGCGCGCCGCACAAGCUCGGCUUCAUCCCCGACGCGUUCCCGCUCAAACUCGGCGCGCGCGUGGAAGGCGAGCUGGGGAGCGUCGAGAUGUUCAAUUUUGUGAUGCCGACGCUGUAUCAUAGUAUCACGGUGAAGAUAAAAGGGGGAAGGAAACGUGUAGAGAAGGUGUACAAGCCCAAGGAGGGCGACAAGGGGCGUGAUUGGUGGUUGACGUAUCGGUUCCAGCUUGAGGCGAUGGUGGAUAGAGUUCGGGGCCGGAAACCCGAUGGUUGGGUGGAUAAGGAAGACUCUAUUGCGACGAUGCAUUGGAUUGAACAAAUAUACGAGAAGAGUGGAUUAGGCAGUCGGCCAAGGUCAAGUUACACUCUGCCGAAUUAG